AUGGGCAACUCUGAAUCAUCUUCCACGAAUCCUCGCUUUGCUUCCGCCAGCAGAGCGUUCUCUCUGAACGAAUUGGAAGACCUGAGAUCACUCUUCACAUCACUCGCAGCCCAGUCUCAAACCGACGGAAAAUAUGUGACUCUCCCCGUUUUCAAGGCGUAUAUUGGAAUUGACGGGCCUCUUGGGGAUCGGAUGUUCGAUUUGAUGACGCAGAAACGCAAGGAUCAAAAACUCACUUUUGAGGACCUCGUUAUUGCCAAAGGGACCUAUGAGAAAGGAACAAAUGAUGACAUUGAAGAGUUCGUAUACCAACUACUAGAUAUCAAUGGCGAUGGCAUUGUGGGAAGGUCUGGUCUAGAAGCUGUUUUAACUGCAAUGCUCGGUAAUCUAUUUCAUCAAGAAUACUCCAAGUCCAAGGGAGACUCACGUGAUGAAAUUGUUGAUAUUUUUAUCAAUGCUGCAACUUUUACAAAAGAUGGUGCAGAAAGUAAUAUGUCUUUUGAAGAUUUCCGAAAAUGGUGUUCCCUUCUUCCAUCGGUCAGAAAGUUUCUUGGCAGUUUGAUGAUUCCAUCUGAUCCAGGUUCUCAAAUUCCUCAACUAUUGCAUCAGGACAAUAUACACCCUAGUUUAAUAUUGUUGAGAAAGGAAUAUGCUUGGCAUAUUGGAGGAGCGCUACCCCAACAUGAACUGGAUGAGUGGAAACUUUUGUACCAUAGUUCUGUUCACGGACAAAGUUUCAACACAUUCUUGGGCAACAUACAAAAUGAUGAAGGGCGUACUGUGUUGCUUAUUAAAGAUAAAGAAGGUUACGUGUAUGGAGGCUAUGCUUCUCAGCCUUGGGACAGGCAUGCAGAUUUUUAUGGCGAUAUGAAAUCUUUUCUUUUUCAGCUAUUCCCAAAAGCAUCAAUUUUCCGGCCUACUGGAGCAAACCACAACUUACAAUGGUGUGCUGUGAAUUUCAGUUCAGAGAGCAUUCCAAAUGGCAUCGGUUUUGGAGGUAAAGUAAAUCAUUUUGGUUUGUUCCUUUCAGCAAACUUUGAUCAAGGGCACACGUUUGUGUGCACCACCUUCGGAAGUCCCUGCCUAUCGAAAACCCACCAAAUAUACCCAGAAGUAAUUGAAUGCUGGGGGGUUGUGCCACAUAAAGUUGAAAAGGAUAGGCCAGAGGUUAUAAAAGGUACAGUGCUGGAAAGAUUUAAGGAGGAUCGCCAUAUGCUUAACAUGGUUGGGCUUGCAAAUUCAAGCGAGUAG